GUACCUUUCGGGUCGACCCGAACGACUCUGGGUCGCUUACGGAUGGAUCUGAUCCGAUAGGUUCGGGUCGACCCGCCCAUCACUAAUAGAGAGUGUAACCGAGGCCACGAAACUAGCACUAGAUGUGAAAUUUAUUCACUCACAAGGAGGAUUCAAGCUUCACAAUUUUAUGUCGAACUAUGUCCAAGUACUAGAUGACGUUGGUAGUAACAACAGUCGGGAACCUUGAUCCAACAGCUUGUACCCAGAAGGUCUUGGAAAUGUGGUGGAUCUCAAAUGAAGAUACACCUGUGGACAGAAAAAUAGGAAUUUUUUUCUGACCGAAAGACAUAGUUCUUUUCAGAAUUACAGGGUUUUUCAAUUGAGUUUUGACUAGCGGCAUACUUUUUUUUAUUCGUCGCAAUAGAUUCUUGACUAGAAUCCUCUACUUUUGAUUGCGAGCAAUGGAUUAUUGACUAGGAGCAAUUGAUUUCAGCAGGCCGCUGGCUGUCAGCUUAAGAGCGGUCCGUUUAUGACACCCGGGUGACAGAUCGAUUUGAAUAAUAAUAUGAUGGUCAUAUUAAAAUUCAUCUAUUUAUUAUCUAGUACGGUAUAUGUGAUUGUUUUAUAUGUUCCACAAAAUAAAUGCUAAUUUAUUUCAUAUGUUUUGAGUGCAAUUGGUUAAUUUAAAGAGAAAAAUAUUCAUAUAAAAAGCAUUCAACGGUUGUGUUGAAAUAUGUAGUAGUCGACCCGUAGGCAUGAACUGUUCAUGUGUUGACUGGAUGGCACCGCGGUAAUCGCGCAAUGUUUUCCACACUGCACCAGAGUCCGUGAAUCAGCAGCAAAUUACAAAACCGCGGAUUAAAAUAUAUUUAUAUACUUGUUACUGAAUCGUCCUCGUUGUGCCAAAAGCGGUACGUAGUUCUCUACAAGAUACUUGGAAUGUUCGCUCACUUACGAUUACAUGUUUUAGGUGGAAUACAGUGUUUACAAAUCGAUUGCAGGUUAACAACACAUUUUGAGGAAACGCACUGAAGCUACGUGUUUAAUACAGCAAUUAUGGAAGCACUCGAUGCCACUCCACGUCGUCGUAACAAAACCACAUCGGACGAGGACAGAAAACGAGUGAUAACGGCCUACGAAAAUGGUGUUGCCGGCAAGGAUAUUGCUUUAAUGCUAAAUCUACACCGAGCAACAGUGUAUAGCAUUAUAAAGAAAUUUCAAAAGACUUGGAACGUGGAAGCUGCGAAACGUGGAGGUAACCGUGCUAAACUGUUACCAGAGGAGGCAGUACAGAGCAUCCGCACAUGGAUUGACGAGGACUGUACCGUCACAUUAAAAGCAUUAGCCGAGAAGGUCCACGAAAGGUACAGCGUGCGUGUAAGCACGUCUACUAUUGCACGGCAAAUUAAAGGUUUUAAUUAUACCUUUAAAAGAAUACACAAUUUGCCAGAACGAAGGAAUACUAGUAGCACAAUUGAAGAAAGGAAAUCGUAUGCAACGAUGUUCUAUCAAUUGUCCGUUGAAAAUUCCAACACAGGAAUUGUAUUCUUGGACGAAGUUGGUUUUAACCUUAGCAUGCGUACAUCGCAAGGCCGAUCGCAGAAGGGAACAAUCCCAACUCUCGUCGUACCUCAAUUACGAUCCCGAAAUAUUUCUAUAAUAUGCGCUAUGGAUAAAAAUGGUAUCGUACAUUAUCAUUCACACAACAGGGCUGUUAACCGUGAAUUGUUCAAACAAUUCAUUCUACAACUUAAAGAGAAAUUGAGGACACGCGGGAUUGAUGAAUCCUAUUUGAUUAUGGAUAACGUGGCAUUCCACAAAUGCAUCGAGGUUAAGGAAGCGAUCGGCAACGAAGAGGACAAACCCCUAUAUUUGCCUCCCUACUCGCCUUUCCUUAACCCGAUCGAAAACAUGUUCAGUAAGUGGAAAAACCUUGUAAAAACCACUUCGCAGGACUGUGAAGGAUACUUUCGUAACAUGACUGCAUAUUUGGCUAGAUGUUUUCGAGGUGAAGUGAUAGAAGAUUGAAAUUAUCAGAUGGCUUAAAUUACGCUUCAUUUUUUAAAAUAUUUGAAUUCCUUCUACGUUCCUUCUUGUUUUGUUUUGAAUUAUAAAUACUAUGUAAAUGUUAGUUAGAUAAUUUUGGUUUUCCAAAAGAAUUAUUGUAGUAUGUAAAUACUUUUCCAUUUGUUUCAUUUGAGAUAGUUUUAGAUUGAUGAACAGCAUGUGAUUCUGAUAAGAUGCAACGAGAUGUGAUGAACUAUUUAGUGAAUUAUAGAUUUCAUAUUAGUUAAAAAUCGUUAUCUCCUUGAAUUAAA